AAUAUACUGCUCAUUCCGUGUGAAGCGAGAAAUCAGAACACGCAAAGAAGAAAUAGAACGAAGCGAAAGAUAAGAUAUCAUUAGAGAAAACUCUUCCUGUUUACUUCAACUUGCUACAAGCUGUACCCUAUAGGAUUUAUAGAGGAAACUUAGGAAAAAGAUGGGUUUCAUCCAGUUAUCUCUCCUGGUUCUGAUCUUCACAGUCAAUCUUCAGAAUGUAUCCACUGAGAAGUGCGUGCAUUGCAUUCACCUAGACUUCACUCCAAGUCCUCCCCCAGGAUUUCCCAACAUCUACCGUAAUGCACACUGCAAGAAGUACAGCCCAGCAGUCCUGGCUGCCAAUAGUCACGACUGCCCGGAUGAUGGCAAAGACUACGUGUGUGGAGCCAUAAUGGGCAAUUAUACAUUUGAUGUUCCGUCUGUGGGUAUCACGACCGUGGAUGCGAUGCUGCGUCGCUGUGUAGUCCAACCACAAGGCCUAAUUGACCUCGACUCAGGCAAGGCGAUCUGCCUGAAGGGAAACACGCUGGAUAAAGCCACCAAUGAUAUCCAGUUGGUUGGAGCCACCGAAGAAUUCGGGGACAUGACCAAAUUUGAUGGACAGGUUUGCUACUGUAGCGGUCAUAACUGCAACACAGCCAGCACGAUCGGACACAAUGCCUACUUAGUCAGCAUCCUGGUGGCAACAAUCGCCGCUGCAUUGAACAUGUAUUAGACGACGUUGGUGGCGCUGUUGUUCAAUGAUCCACAAAAGGUUCAAGGCAACCGUACGGCAGUUGCAACGCAAGUAACCGUUGCACUACUAGGAGUGACUACAUUCUGGACACAUUAUGGCUUUUCGUAUGUCAGUUCAUAGGACAACUCAAUAGAAAACACGCUGGAUUAUGUAUUCACGAUCGAAUACAUGAAUUUUUUUUCCCCCUGAUAAAAGUUAUUGCAACUUUCUCUUACAAAACGUCUUAUGACCGUGAGACUUUAAAAAAUUGUCUUUAUUUUUGUCCCAAAAUUUGAACAUUCAAAUUCCAGGAAUAGGAUCAUGACUUUCUCGUUCAAGUGUUCGAUUCAUACUAAGGAAGUAAUAGGGUACGGACGUGGAUGUUAAUUUUAAAAAUCUUGUAAAAAAUAAAAUAAGGAAUAUCACCAAGCUAUAUUUCAGUUAGAUGACAUAAUCACCAUAUAUUUUCUUUCCCUUUUAAUUUUUGAGUUCUUUUAAUUUUAAAUCAAUUGGCUAGAUUCGGGGAGUUGAUCAUCAUAACAAAUUCCAGUGACUUGAAGAAUUGCUUCUGUCUCAAUACAAUCAUGUUCAAUGACAAAAAUUGUUCUUCAACUGACCUCGAUUAAUGUAUUAUUGGGACUAGUUUGUUUAUAGUCAAAGUAAGAAUAACGCGUAUAUUGUACUAACAAUGGUGGAGGAGAUAACGGAAAGGACAAUCAGUGUGACAACAAAACUCAGUGCAAUAAUCAGUCAAUCUAAUCUGUAAUUCUGCAUCACUGUACUUAUUUUCAGUUAGUUGGUUUGAUAUGAUUGCCAUUGUCAGUCAAUUUCCUUGCACGGUAAGAUUUUGGGCCAAGAGUUUCAUUCUAAAUAAUUUAUUUGUCAGUUCGUAUCUUUUUUCUUUUGUAAAAUAAACUGGAUCAAUUUUGCUUGGGGAAACAGAAAAACGGUAUAUCAUUGUAAUUAUCAUCGGCUCAACCUUGAUAAUUUCGUCUUCAAGUUCGGCUUCAGGACUCAGGAGAUUUUUGGACCUUUUCGGGAGCUGAUUUUGGCUCAAAAUCGGUUCCUGUUCUGCUUCAGGAACGCAGCUAAAAUUUAGAGUAUUUUCGUUCACUUUAGACAUAAAAAAGGCUUAAACAUGUGACAUACACACUUCCGUUAAAAAAAAUGGCCCGCGAUAGGAGGUUGCACAUAGUUUACCCUGUACAUCCAUCAGCCAGCUACCUUAUAAUCCAAACACCUCCGUCAAACUUUUACAAAACUCCUGGCGUCGGUUUUUUGUGUACUUUACCACGCCCCCAGCCACGCCCUAGGCCACGCCCUAGGCCACACCCAAACCAAACAUCACCCCAUUCAUCCAUUUUUUUAAGGCUAUUAUGCUUUAUGCAUCUUAAUAGGUCAAUGUGGGACAUCUAUAUUAACAUUUAUGAGUUUUUUGUUUG